AUUACGUACUGUAUAUUUUCCUGCUUUGCUCUUUUCUUGUAGCUAGCCUGCUAGCUAGUUGACAACAAUGGGCGAUAGUGAGCAGGUUGAGUGGACGUUUAUGAAAUUAUACCUUACCGAUAUUGGAAAAGCUCUUUCAGGAAAAUCUGGAACAUGGAUGUCGAAGAGAAAACCGGCUGCCUAUCAUGAAGAACAACAGACAGGGGUGACACCCCCUCAAAGGUCUGAGAGCCAGCUGAGAACUCCCCAGAGAAACUCCCAGUGGCAAAGUCCCAGGACGCAUUCUAACCACCUGAAAGAAGAAGAGAGGGGCUUUUCUCCCGUGUCUGGGUCUGGAGAUGAGAGCGACAAGGAGGCCUCCCCACCAAAAAGAAGGACCACAAUAAGCAGCUCCAAAAAGACAAGAACCAAGUCUCACUCAAAGGAUUAUGAUGAGUGUUCUGGGUCAGAAUCUGGCGAGCAGCCAGAGGAGAGCACAAAAAGAAAAAGGACUAAUACACGCUGUAAGGAGGAGGAUAAUGACAACUUGUCAGACAAACCAACUGUGGUGGCUUCCCCCAGAAACAGGAGCAGGCAACGUAGUGACUUCAAUGUAUUUGAAGCAGAGGCUGAACCAUAUAAUACUCUGUCUGAGCCUGAGGUGGAGGUAGUUGUGGAGGGGGAGACUGAAGUGGCGUCUGCUUCUAAGAGGUGGAAACAGUGCAACCCCCCAAAAAUAACUAAGCCUCGUGCCGAGGACAAAGCUGAGAGUGACCAUUAUGAGUUGGUAGAACAGGCUGAAGAAACUCACAUUAGAAAGAAACUUAGCAAGUCUAAAAAGGUAAGACCCAGGACUCCCUCUGAAGACGUGGGGGAAGUUGAAAGUGACCACUUCGAGAUGGAAGAACAUGCUGCAGCUGAAGACACUACCCUCAGAAAAAGACAGAGGAGGCCUAAGAAAUCUAUAAAGAACAGAUCCAAGAGUCCUUCCAAGAAGGCCAGCGAUGCAGAGAGUGAUGGUGUAUCAGGCAAACAUGUUUCCAAGACUCUGUCUAAGGACUUACAUGAAGAAGAGAGUGACCAAGAUGCUGAGACUCAGUCUAAGAACCUAAGUGAGGAGAGUGACCAAGAUGCUGAGACUCAGUCUAAGAACCUAAGUGAGGAGAGUGACCAAGAUGCUGAGACUCAGUCUAAGAACCUAAGUGAGGAGAGUGACCAAGAUGCUGAGACUCAGUCUAAGAACCUAAGUGAGGAGAGUGACCAAGAUGCUGAGACUCAGUCUAAGAACCUAUGUGAGGAGAGUGACCAAGACUCCCAGACGGAGCCUAAAGACUUAAUUGAAGAGUGGCACCGCUCUGACCAUCCAGAGGAGGAGACAGAACAGGAGGUGUUGCCUGCAAAGAGAAAAAGAGGACCAAAGAGCAAGAAGACAGUGAAGUCAGAUUCCAACUCUGACUCUGAAAACGUCACUGUUAAAAAGAAAGGCAAAAAGCAAGGUGCCACGGGUUUGAAGGCACCAAGAAUAAGAUUCAGACCACCUAUAGAGAAAAAGAUAAGGGUGAAAAUACUUCAUAUUUGCAGUUUCUGUGAAAAGGUCCUGUCGAACAGGGAUGCGCUGAGUAGGCACCUUCAGCGUCACACAGGGGAGAAGCCUUACCACUGUGAAGAGUGUGGCAAAGACUACGGCAGCAAAAAUACCCUGAAGAUUCACAACAUGCAGGUUCACCACAAGGGGACAAAGGACUUCAUAUGCAAUGAUUGUGGUCAACAGUUUACCCACCUCACAUACCUCAAACGCCACAUGUACUCCCACACGGACAAGGAAAAGAGGCCACACCUGUGCAAUGUGUGUGGGAAGCAUUUCAUCCAGAAGUCUCACUUGGACCGUCACAAGAUGAUUCACACCGGAGAGAAACCAUUCAGCUGCGAACACUGCGUCAUGGCCUUCAAUCGGCCGGACUCCCUGCGGAUGCAUCUGAAGCUACAUGUGUCGGGUAGUGAGGGGCCAAAUCUGGCAGACCAAGAGAAGACCAAGUGCACAGCGUGUAAGAAGAGCUUUGUCAACCCAAAUUACCUCAAAGUCCACAUGAGAAUACACACUGGGGAGAGGCCAUACAAGUGUGAGGACUGUUCCAAGAGCUUCACCCAGAUCAGUAUUCUCAACGCGCACCGACGCACGCAUACUGGAGAGAAGCCACACGAGUGCAAGGUGUGCGGCAGCUGCUUCACCCGUCGCAAGUACCUGGAUGAUCACAUAGGCAGAAAGCAUGGGUCUUUAGAGCAAAUUAAUGAACAGGAGGAUGAACAAUGAGAACUGAGUUUUUAGGUGUUGUGACUUCAUGUAUGUAACUUGUAAUAUAAAUAUUGAAGAUCAGGCAAAGCUGGAUUGUUGCCUAGCAGUUUCUCGGGCCCCGUGUAGCUCAGUUGGUAGAGCAUGGCGCUUGCAACGCCAGGGUUGUGGGUUUGUUUCCCGCGGGGGGCC